GUUUAGCGACCUCUGUUGGAUUUCAGGAUUAAUAACAGGCGUCUUCUGCUUAUUGGAAAUUAUGGAGUCGUACGAUGUUAUUGUUAAUCAACCUGUAGUUAUCGAUAACGGUUCUGGUGUAAUAAAAGCAGGCUUUGCUGGUGAUCAAGUUCCAAAAUGCCAUUUUCCAAAUUACAUUGGACGACCGAAACACAUCAGAGUAAUGGCAGGAGCAUUAGAAGGAGAUAUUUUUGUUGGACCCAAAGCAGAGGAACACAGAGGUUUAUUAAGUAUUCGUUACCCAAUGGAACAUGGUAUUGUGACUGACUGGAAUGAUAUGGAGAGAAUCUGGCAGUACAUUUAUUCUAAAGAACAACUUCAAACUUACCCUGAGGAGCAUCCUGUUCUUUUAACUGAGGCGCCUUUGAAUCCAAAAAGAAAUCGAGAAAAGGCAGCUGAAAUUUUUUUUGAAACUUUUAAUGUUCCAGCUUUAUUUAUAUCAAUGCAAGCUGUACUUAGUUUAUAUGCUACUGGACGUACAACGGGAGUUGUAUUAGAUUCUGGAGAUGGAGUUACACAUGCUGUUCCUAUAUAUGAAGGUUUUGCAAUGCCUCAUAGUAUAAUGAGGGUUGAUAUUGCAGGUCGAGAUGUUUCACGCUACUUGCGUUUGUUGCUGCGUAAAGAAGGAUUUAAUUUUCAUACAACUGCUGAAUUUGAGAUUGUAAAAACAAUAAAGGAGAGAGCAUGUUAUUUGGCAAGUAAUCCACAAAAAGAAGAGACACUUGAAACAGAAAAAGGCAAAUAUGUUCUUCCAGAUGGAAGUGUUUUGGAGAUUGGACCAGCAAGAUUUAGAGCACCCGAAAUUUUAUUUAGACCAGAUUUAAUAGGAGAAGAAUUUGAAGGACUUCAUGAAGUAUUAGUUUAUUCUAUUCAUAAGUCUGAUAUGGAUUUACGUAAAGUUUUGUAUCAAAAUAUAGUCCUAUCAGGAGGUUCUACUUUAUUUAAAGGAUUUGGUGAUAGGCUUUUAAGCGAAGUGAAGAAAAUAGCCCCUAAAGAUAUCAAAAUUAGAAUAUCAGCUCCACAAGAAAGGUUAUAUUCAACUUGGAUAGGAGGAUCUAUUUUAGCAUCUCUUGAUACAUUUAAGAAGAUGUGGGUAUCAAAACAAGAAUACGACGAAGAAAAUAUUAGGGCCAUACACCGCAAGACUUUCUGAUGUGAAGGAAUUUACAAAUGCAGAUCAGCAGCUUUUCUGAUUAUCCCUAUUUGAUUCUGAAAGGGAUAUCAAAUCUAUAUAAAUUAAGUCUAUUUAAAUUAAUAAUGGAGUAAUUUAAUUGUAUAAUUCUACUCUGUACACAGUUCAUUCCCAUUUCAUUUACUUUAUCAUUCUUGUGAUAAAUUAUAGUAAUAUAGGAAAUCUGCUUUGAAAGUUUUACCAGUCAUUUGUACUUUAUAAGUAUCCAUAAUUAAUUUUGAGGAGUCAUACCAAGAUAUAUUUUUUAAUAAGGGAUCAAAGUCUAAACUAGAAUUGUUUGUAUGCCAUAUCUAUCGGUGUACAAAUUGUUAUUUCGGCAUUAUGUCGAACUGCGUAAUUUAAUCUAAAAUUUAGAACGUUCUGGUGUUAUGUAUUUAACCGAAAGAUGGACAAUAUAUUAAAUAUUGUAAAUAUAUUUUUGAACAACCUAUGUUUGUUUAGAUUUGCACUUUUAUAUUUGACAUAUCUGUAAAAAUAAAUUGUUUGCUUAAAUUAUAUAAUUUACCUGUCCCCCAUCCUAUCUGUUUUGUAAUGCAUUACCAAGCGAUAUUAAAUGC